UCUUGAGGUAUUCUUCAGAGUACUCCAUAUCGUAGUGAGCACUCGGCAUUUAGCCAUGCGGUUGUCUACAGCAAGCCUUCGAGUUUUCAGCCUCGACAUUUGCUUCUUUGGGCCCCUGCCAACCAUAAAUGUAGACCGUAAAUACAAUACAGGUCUAACUGGAACCGGGAUUCAGCGCAGGCUUUUGUUGAGUCAAGGCAUGGUGACGGUCAGCCAAACGGAUGGACGGACAAAGAAAUUAUUACCAUCAUUGAUACCGAUACUUGCUGGCUGGGCGGGGUAAUUAGAUCUCCAUUGAAUAGAAUAGAUGAUUUGACCGUUUCCAAGCCUGGCAUCUCCGUUGCUGGUGUACACGGAUGCAACAUGGAAUGUGGUGAGUAUGCACGUCAAGUAGUGUAGACAAAUUCAAGUUCAACGCAUUGUUUUUGUUAUCCCCUGCCACGAUCCUCAUUGUGUUAACAGUCCCAUCUCGUGAUAGCCUUUGCCUUACGGGGUACACUUUCUGCAUCCGGACGCAUUGAUGACGGAUUGCUUCGAGGUCUCACAAGACGGAUCAAGCUGAAACGAACUUCUUCGGUUGCCUAUGACUGAAAGGAGAUAGUUUCCUUCGCCAAGGACUGAACUUGUCGAUAAUGACAAAGAAUUUACCUUGGGAGGCUGCGACAUGGUUAUUUUGCGGGUGGCAUGUUGUAUGUUGCGAGGCUUAGGGGGAUAAUGAGAGGCUGUUCUCUGUCUCUUUUUUUUUUUUUUUUCUUUCUUUCUCGAGCUCUGAAAAGGGAUUCUCUGUCCUGUCCUCUUGUCAGUUUUUGUUGAAGUAUCGCCUUUUUCUAUUUCCUCUGCAACAUCGAAGGUUAUCAUCCUGAUGGGAUGAGGCUUUGCUUCCAAUAUUGUGAGAUACCGAUGACGGUCUCUUGGUUAUUAUUGUGUGAUUGUCUUUCCUGGGUUAUAUCACUUUCUGGAAUCUUCCAUCGCUCCUUAUAUUGGUCUUCCCUUGAUGGUGGUGACAUUAUCUUGAUCAGCUAAGGAAAAUGGAUCUCGACAUCGAUCACCUUCUUCCCCGUCAGGCAAAUCUCUGCACGAAUCAAAAGCUGUGGUACGUAUGCACGGCUGGAAAUUUCCAUGGGUGUUGCUCGACCGAUCCAUGCACUACAGGAGUCUGUCCAGACGACGAUCGUGACGGUGAAAGCAGCACUGUGACUACCCCAACGGUAGCAGCUACGCUGCCUGCAUCAUCGAGUUCAACUAGCUCGACGACAAUAUCAAGUAGUACGUCUUCCACCAACGCUACUAUCUCAUCUUCGCUGUCUUCUGCGGCUUCUGUGAAGAGUUCUGAGAGCUCGAAUAUGGCCACUAGCAUAACCACGGACACAGUUAAAACUGCAAGCACCUCUUCAUCGCAGAUAAACUCAGUCAUAACAGUGACUGCUUCUAUGGACAUCGGCCCUAGCCCUUCUUCUGCAGCGAGCAGUUCUGAAAGGGAUUCAGGCAGCACUGGAGGAUUGAUUGGCGGGGCGGUUGGCAGUAUUCUUGGUGCACUUAUGGUAAUGGGCUUGAUAGUCCUCUUAUGUCGAAGACGACGGAAACAGCUUCGACGCGGCCGAAUUCCCCAUGAUAAUAAUAGCUGGAAAAAAAUAGCGUCGGCUGAAAAUAGUCCUAUUUCUCCAUUAGCCGGCCCCAGGGAGCUCAAUAUGGAUCCUCAUACACCGUUAGCGACUCUAGCCAGCAUCACCAACACUCCUAGAUCAGCUACUGAGCUCUUGAGCAGGACUAGGGGCGUCUUUGACCAUAGAACAACCACAAAUGCCACCGUCUUUGACAAUUCCACCGCUCACGUCCCUGAGUUACCGGCAACCUUUGCAGGGCACUCCGGUACUACCCCGGAAUUACCUGACACAGGCUUCUACCGGCCACGAGCCGAACUGGCCACUCACUCGCAGAGCGAACUGAUCAACGUCCCCUUCAACCAGCGAAGCAGAUCCCCACCUAUAUAUGGGAUGGUCCAAAACGACCCUUGUCUGGACAGCGGUUCCCAGUUCGAUAGUCAAGGUGAUAGCGGAAAUAAUGACAGAUACAGGGAAAGUAAGAGCAGGAAUCUGUACCAGCCUGUUCUCGUACCUGCUCCUGCGCUUGAAUCGCUGAUUUCAGUUACUCGCGAUAAUGACGUUCAGGUUGCCCCGGCCAAUGCGAACCUGGGAAAGAAAGUAUAUGAGACCGAACGACACGAUGACCAUGUGCAUUAUGGUGGUGGUGAUAGUGAGGUGACCACCUCCUGAGGGAUUCCCUUUCUGUUUCCUCGUCCAUUAUGGGCUAACGCAUGGUUUCACAGGCGUUCAUGUCGGGGAUGAGGAGAAGGAGUCGAGUUGAAGGAUUGGGGUUCCGGCUGCCCGAGUAGUUGAUGGAUGUUGGAGGGUUCCCUUUAUUCAGACAGUGUAGACCAUUGUCUGUGAUGUGGAUAUAUUAUUGUUGCUGUUGUCGGUUAUUAUUAUAAUAUUAGAUAGUUACUCUGUAGAAUAUGACUCCUCG